AAUUCAGAAUUGCUUCCUGCCAGUACAACUUAGUCUCUGGCAGUCUGUUCUGGGCGUGCAGGGCAUAUUCCAACUCUGGCCUGAACCUCGACUGUUAUUUCAGAUUGCUUAGGACUUAUCUUCAUCCACCCCUGUCUUUCUUUCCAACACGCACCCGACAAUAACCAUGGCACCUACUACCAGCAAGAAGCGUGUUCUUGACGAGGCUGCCGCUCCCAAAGCAAAGAAAACUAAGGUGGAUGAUUCACCGAAGAAAGGGAAGUCCGCACAACAUGAAAAGCCUCUACAACCCACGUCAAAUCUAUUGACCGAGGAAGUUGACUUUCCGCGUGGUGGGGGAACGAGUUUCACGCCAGUGGAAGUAAAGGCCAUUCGCGCAGAGGCUCUUAAGGAGGCAGAGGACCAAAUAUUCCAGGAAAGGCAGGAGAAGCAAGUGAAACGCAGGCGCAAGUCUGAAGCCAAGGGUGGAGAAAAGAAAGCAUCCAAGUCGGGUCAAGGAGAUGCUAUUCGUGUUGAACACCUCAACUAUAAAAGGAUCACCACGGGCAUGAAGCUCCUUGGUCAGGUUAUCGCAGUGCAACCGUUGGCUUUGAUUGUGUCUCUCCCCAAUCAACUACUUGCUCAUGUUCCAAUCACCAACAUCUCCUCUGAACUUACUGCUCGUUUGGAGGCUAUGGAUGAAGACUUGGAUAAAUCCGUACAUGAGGAUAGUGACAAUGAAGAAGAGCCGUCACAUGUGCCUGAUCUUUCUGAACUUUUCCACCCUGGGCAAUAUAUCCGCGCGAUUGUGUCCGCAGUCCAUGCUCCUGGCUCGACUGACGCUAUGGGUAUCGGUCGUGGUAGAGAUGAACUACAGAAGGCCAGUCGAAGAGUCGAGCUCAGUCUCAUUCCGGAGAAGGUCAACGAGGGUGUUGUCAAGCAAGACCUGAAGAAAGGAUUCGUAUUGUCAGCUUCUGUGAAGAGUGUUGAGGAUCAUGGGUACAUCCUAAACCUCGGUACCCCCGAUAUUUCCGGAUUUUUGACCUUCAAGGACGCGGAAAAGGGACCUUUUCAACCUAGCGCAAAACUCCAUGUUGGUAGCUUGCUUGACGUAUACGUAUCCAAGGUCGCCAGCAAUGGUCGUACAUGCACUGUUUCAGUGGACCCUACAAAAUUGAGCUCAUCUUUACUGUCAGAGGUCACCAACGUCACAUCACUACUUCCAGGCGCCCUCGUAACGGGACUCAUUACGGCUGUUCUCCCCGCCGGGCUUAAUCUUCAAAUUCUCGGAUACUUCCAAGGAACCAUCGAUCAAUUUCACCUACCCCUUGGCGACGUCGAAGAUAAUUUUAAAGUCGGCCAGAAAGUCAAAGCUAGGAUCCUAUACGACGUCAGCCCUUCAACACCUCCGAGGUUUGCCCUCUCGCUGGCGGAUCACGUCGUUUCGCUGACCAGCAAGCACGUUCCCGGUCCAGACGAUGAACCAAACGGACCAUUGCUGCAAGAAGCAUACUCAAUAGGAACGACUCUGGAUGCUGUGAAAGUGAUCAGAGUUGAGCCAGAACGAGGGCUUGUUGUGGAAGUUGGACCAGGGCUUGAAGGCUUUGUUCACAUCUCACAAACGUCAGAUGACCACGUACCAACUCUUUCUGCAAACUCAGGACCAUGGAAGAUUGGCACUAUUCAUAGAGCGCGAGUCACAGGCUAUUUCCCGUUGGACGGUCUUCUCCAACUCUCACUGAAACCAUCAAUUCUGGAACAGAGGUUCCUCCAAGUUGGCGAAGUCAAGGCUGGAGAGGUCAUCAAGGGUACCAUAAAGAAAUUGACCGACUCGGCGUUAUUCGUGUCAAUCUCAGGCAAUGUUGACGCUGUUGUGUGGCCAAAUCACUAUGCGGACAUUCAGCUGAAGCAUCCUCAAAAGCGAUUCAAACCCGGAGGAAGCAUUAAAUGCCGAAUUCUUGUUGUGGAUGCUCAACGCAAAAGGGUGGUUCUGACUGCCAAGAAAACAUUGAUCGAGUCGAAACACCCAAUCAUCACUAAACUCGAAGAUGCUCAAGUUGGGCUGGUUACUCAUGCUGUGGUAUUCAAAUCAUCGGCAAAGAGUCUGCAGGUCGAGUUUUACAACAAUCUGAAAGCAAUUGUGCCGAUAAAGGAGGCCAGCGAGACUGCUAUCACUUCCUUGGCUGAUGCGUUCCCGGCUGGCAAAGUUGUUCAAGUCCGUAUUAUCUCUGUGGAGCCCGAGUCUGGUCGCAUUGUCGCAAGUAUACGACAGGCAUCAUCGAAUUUCAAGUCUGCCAUUCUUGACAUUAGCAAUGUCGAAAUUGGUAACUCGGUCGAGGGUGUCAUUGCGGAAAUACAGAAGGACAAGGUCGUGAUCACUCUCCAGCCAACUCAAGUUCGAGCUCUCCUCUCUUUGAACAACUUAGCUAACCGACGAGGUGUGACAGUCUCUCAGCUGAGGACUUCCCUCAGAGUCGGUCAGAAGCUCAGCGACUUGGUCGUGACGACUCGUAAUCCGGAGAAAGGAUUCGUCCUUGUUGCGACAAAGCCCAAGGAGGCUCAUGGUAUCAUGCAGAAGGGAUUAACUUUCGAGUCCGUUCAGGUUGGUCAACUCAUUGGUGGGCGAGUGCUUCGACAUGUCAGGCAAGGAGCGUUAGUCAAGAUAACCAACAACAUCACUGGACUACUACAUCCAACUGAUACUUGCGACGAUUACGAGGGCGGCAAGCCUUUUCCGGAAGACGGUACCAUCAUUCAGGCCGUGGUAAUUGCGAUUGACAAGGACAGAAAGCAGUUCACGUUAUCCACCCGACCCUCCCGGUUACAUCCUGACAAGGAAACCAGCGUGGUCGACAAAGAGAUCACCAGUCUUGAGGAUCUCAAACCAGGUACCUAUGUUAGAGGUUUCAUCAAGAGCGUGGCGGAGCAUGGUCUCUACGUGACGCUAGGACGUGGUAUUGAUGCUCGAAUUCAGAUUAGGGAGCUUUUCGACGACUUUGUGAAAGAUUGGAAGAGCCGAUUUUCAGCGAACCAGCUGGUCAAAGGCCGCAUAGUCAGUGUCGAUCUUGAGAAGAAGCAAGUCGAGAUGUCAUUCCGCUCAAGCGAUGCAAAGGCAUCACAGCCAACGCUUCAAAUCAGUGACUUGUCCGAAGGCGCCAAGGUUACCGGUACUGUCAAGAAAAUCGAGGAUUACGGCUUGUUCAUCGAGAUCGAGGGCUCAAAGCUGCGAGGCCUGUGUCAUAAGUCGGAGCUUUCAGACAAUAAAGAAGCUGAUGUCACCAUGGCCCUUCGAAGUUUCAGAGAGGGGGACCGUGUGAAGGCCAUCGUGCUUUCUGUCGACACAGAGAAACGACGCAUAUCACUCGGAUUGAAGCCAUCCUACUUUGGAGAAGAAGAACCAGAGUCAGAAUCAGACGAAGAAGAGUCUCUACCUGGUGAUGACGAACAACUGGGCCUCGUAGAAGAUGAAGAUGUCAGCGAUGAUGCGCAGUCCGCCGCCGAAUCUGAUGAGGAUGCGGCGCAUGGCGAGGAAAGUGACGAGGAAUUCGAGGAGGACGAUACCAUGGACGUCGACGAGGAGACAGUUCACGUUGACACCACGCUUCAGACCGCCUUCUCGCAAGAAGCUAAAAAAGUUACCAGGAUUGCGGACACCACAGAGAAGACGCUUAAGCUCGACGGUGGUUUUCAAUGGUCUGCAGCCCACGAUCAAGACCAGGAGAUGAGUGAAGCAUCGUCUUCCAAUGAAGAUGAGGAUGACGGUCAGGCGGGCAAGAAGAAAAAGAAGAGACGGAAAGUGAUCGAGCAGGAUCUCACAGCGGACAUGCAUACCAAGACUCCAGAGUCAAAUACGGACUUCGAACGACUUCUUCUCGGCUCUCCGGAUUCAUCCUACCUUUGGAUACAGUACAUGUCUUUCCAGUUGCAACUUUCUGAAGUGGAGAAGGCGCGGGAGAUCGCUCGCAGGGCUUUCAAGACCAUCAACUUUCGCGAAGAACUGGAGAAGCUCAAUGUCUGGAUCGCGCUACUAAAUCUUGAGAACGUCUAUGGUACAGAGGAGUCAUUGGAGGCCACGUUCAAGGAUGCCGCAAGACAUAAUGAUUCUAAAACUGUACAUCUGCGCAUGGCGGCUAUUUUCAGCGAAAGCGAGAAAUUCGAGAAAGCUGAAGAACAGUACAAACGUACGUCUAAGAAGUUUGGUUUUAGCUCGAAAGUCUGGACCCUCUUUGGGGAAUACUACCUCAAACGUGGGCUUAUGGAGGAAGCACGAAAGCUGCUACCUCGAAGUCUCCAAAGUUUGGAGAAGCGGAAGCACCUGAAGACGAUUUCGAAGUUUGCUCAGCUUGAAUACAAAUUCGGUGACCCCGAACGAGGCAAGACUAUCUUUGAGGGCAUAGUUGAUUCACAUCCCAAGCGAUGGGAUCUUUGGUCAAUAUACGUUGAUAUGGAAGCCAGCCAAGGGGACAUUGCUAGCAUACGCAAUCUAUUCGAUCGAAUAUUGGCACAGAAGAUGACGAGCCACAAAGCAAAAUCAUUCUUCAAAAAGUGGUUAGAGCUGGAACGUCGGAUAGGCGAUGAAGACGGUGCUGCCACUGUCAAAGCAAAAGCUGUAGAAUGGACACAGCGUGCUGCCGGCAGCUCAUGACAUGUUCUAUGAUGUAUACCAUUACCACAGUAGAGCGAUUAAUCCAUUGACAUGGGUACAUAAAUUCAGAGUAAGAAAGCGACGAGGUACAGAAAGAAGCAACAAGGAAGCUGGAUUAUAUAGUAAGAUAUGCAAAAAAAGAAAAACGAAUGUGCGCGACAAAUGACCGAAAGAAGGGUAUAUGUCAUGAUAAAUAGGAAGGAUUACGACCGCGAUCUGCUUCGAUCAUGCCCCAGUGGACUUGUCUCAAAAUCGUUGAGUGGACGUCGAUUGCUCAUAGAGCUAGCAAGCUGUCUUUGCCAAUCAUCAAGCUCACUUGAAAGAUUCUCGAACGCCAUAGCGUUCUCGGAGCUGGACGUGCUUGCACGACGCUCUGAGACGCCUGAGAUCGGUCGAGCUCCGAAAGACGGUUGAUCAACCUCCAAAAGUAGUCCAAUUUUGUGCGAUAAUUGUUCAUUCUCGCGCUUGAGAAUCGUGUUUUCAUUACUGAGCUGCUCCAGUA